GCGAGCCCGGUUUGUCCUAAUGCGCAUGCGUGGUAUUGAAAAUUUUCGCGGGAAAUCCAAUAAUCAUGGCGGGCAGAGAACUGGAAAGAUUUAUGCGAGAGAGAAAAAGAGCAUACGAUAAGAAUAAUCUAAAAGAGGCUGCCUCCAUAUGUAACAAUAUAGGGCUCUACUACAGUCAGAUUGGUAAUCACCACAAGGCGUUAAAGUAUCAUAUCGAAGAGCGUCAACUCUCGGAGAGUAUCAACGAUAAACUGGGUGUGGCAGUAGGUCAUCGUAAAGUGGGGGAGUGUCUUGCUGAGCUCGGCAGGUUCUCCGAGUCUCUGAAAGAAGAGGAACAGUAUCUCAAUUUAGUGGAAGACCUACAGAGUGGAGAAGAGAUACAAAGAGCUUAUGCUACCAUCGGGAAAAUAUGGUAUGAGAGGUACAAAGAAGGUGAUGGGGAGGAGUCAGUAGGUGUGGCCAAAUACUUAGACAAAGCCAGUCAGGCAUACGUACUAGCCCUCAAAGCUUGUGAUGGUUUAGCGGGCGUGGUUACUGAGAAAGAACUUCACGAAAUGAAAGGACGGCUUUAUCUUAACUUGGGCCUUGUAGCUGAGGAUAAUAAAGACUUGGAAUCUGCUGAAAAGCAUUACGAAGAAGCUUGUUCUUUAUCAAAAAAGUGCGACUGUCAUAAACUGACUUGGCAAAGUUUGUUUAAUUUAGCUGGUAUUCUAAUUAGUGCCCGUACACCGAACCGUGCCCUUGUUGUACUAGAAGAGAGUCUGAGGUUUUCUGAAAAGAGCAAAAUCAAACACGAUAGAUCGGUGACACUCUUUCAGAUUGCCAUGGUGUACAUUAAGCUCGUUGAUUUUCAAAAUGCAAAGAAAUAUCUGAAGUUAACAUUAAAAGCAUCAGAUGAAGAUUGGCCUGAUGAUGAAUACCAGCAACUAAUAAAGAAAUAUAAACUGGUUAAUAAGAUAUUAUCACUCAGUGAGUCAGUUACUGCUGAAGGAGUCUAUGAUGAUGUUAGGGAGAAGAUUAAAGUGUAUGACAGACUGGGGGACAUGUGUGCCAAUAAAGAGUAUCAGUUUUAUGAAGCAGCUGUCAAAUUUUAUCAGAAAGAGCUGCAGUUAGCUGAGGUGCAUGGUUUUGAAAUGAAGGAUAUCUCGAGGAUAUAUUUCUCAAUUGCAGAGACAUAUUGCGACAACGGACAGUACAAGGAAUCUCUUGAAUAUCAUCAGAAAGAACUACAAAUGUGGCAAGGUCACCCAUCUGAAGAGGCCUGUAGCUGGGCUAACAUGGCUAGAGUAUAUGAAUCUUCUAAUGAUGUAAAGAAGGCAAUUCAAGCGUACCACACUGCGAUUGAACUAGCAUCAUCUGUCAAUGAUUAUAAAUCACUAAUAGAUACUUAUGAUUCAUUGGUAUCAUACUGUACUAAUACUCCCGAUCUUGAGGGACAGACUGAGAAGUAUCAGGAAAAACUUGAUACUUUACUAGCUGAGCACCCUGAACUAGAGCGACCAAUCAAAAUGGAGGGAUCAGAAGAGACCACGCCCCUUGAUAGUGAAGACUUAAGGGAGGAGCUUGUCCUGUCAUUGUCAGAAUCAGAAGUAGAGGAAGAGGAAAUUGGUUUAGUUGACCACACCCACCAAACGAGACAGUUAAGAGGUAUGGCAGUUCGCAGGAAAGCCAAAGUUAGUUUCAAGGAAGUACCAAACUUUGUGGCCCAAAAUUUCUAA